UUCACACAAAGCAUUUCAUCUCUCUCCUCUUUCUCUCUCUCUCUACUUUUUCCUAGAAAAUCACUUCAAAUUUCUCUUCAUAUAUUUUCCCAAGAGAAUGGGAAAGCUUAUUAGCUUUUUCAACUGCUGCAAUGGCUUUCUUGAGAAUUCAAAACCCUAUUUUGCUAUGAUAUCUUUACAAUUUGGAUAUGCUGGCAUGAACAUCAUUUCUAAAGUCUCUCUUAGUAGAGGGAUGAGUCAUUACGUCCUCGUCGUUUAUCGACAUGCUUUUGCUACCGCUUCUAUUGCCCCCUUUGUUCUCUUCUUCGAACGGAGAGGACAGCCAAGGAUGACAUUCAAAGUUUUCAUACAAAUAUUUGUGUUGGCUUUGCUUGGCCCUGUGAUUGAUCAAAAUUUCUACUACGCUGGACUAAAAUAUACUUCGCCAACUUUCUCUUGUGCCAUGAGCAACAUGCUGCCUGCAAUGACAUUUGUGAUGGCUGUGAUCUUUAGGAUGGAAAAAUUGGAAAUGAAGAAAUUGAGAUGCCAAGCAAAAGUAUUGGGAACAUUAGUGACAGUGGGUGGAGCAAUGCUAAUGACUUUAUACAAAGGUCCACCUCUUCAAAUGCCUUGGUCUAAGAAUUCUCAUCUCACAAAUUCUAGUGAAUCCUCCAACAACAAAGAUUGGUUCAAAGGCUCCAUUUUCCUCAUCAUUGCCACUCUUGCUUGGGCUUCUCUCUUUGUCUUGCAGAAUCAGGUGUUGAAGACAUACAAAAACCAUCAAUUUACUCUCACUACUCUUGUGUGUUUUAUGGGAACUAUACAAGCUAUAGCUGUGACUUUAGUAGCUGAACACAAAGCUUCUGUUUGGAGAAUUGGUUGGGAUAUGAAUCUUCUUGCUGCUGCCUAUGCUGGAAUUGUGACAUCAAGUAUAUCAUACUAUGUACAAGGAUUGGUGAUGAAAAAGAGAGGACCUGUGUUUGCAACUGCAUUUAGCCCUUUGAUGAUGAUAAUUGUUGCCAUCAUGGGCUCUUUCAUCCUUGCUGAAAAGAUUUUUCUUGGAGGAAUAAUAGGAUCCAUCUUGAUAGUGUUUGGGCUGUAUUCAGUACUUUGGGGAAAGCACAAAGAGAAUUUGGAGAGCAAAAGUGGUUCUGAUCAUGAUAAUGAAAUACCAGAAGUAAUCAAGGCUUCUAAUAAUUCUCAACCAAAUAUUAGUAAUAAUAACUCAAUUUUUAUUUCCAUGCCUACCCCUGAAACCCCCACCAAACCCAACCAAAUCCCAUGAGAGAAUAUAUGUAAUUGAGGGCAAAAUUAGGGUUUGUUGGGAGGGGUUUUUUUGUCUUUUCAUAUUGCUCUCCCUCCACAUGUAAUUUCAACUUUUGGGUUUUGUGUAGUAAUUAUAUAUUUGUAUUAGUUAAUGACAAUAAUAUAUAAAUAUAUAUAUAUAUAUAUAGUUGAUAUGA